AUGUACGUCCAAUUUGCCUCAGCUCUCGAAUCAUGCUUCGUGAGUACAUAUCUCACACCCAAUGCAGUGGAACGAAGAACUGUCAUUGGAAAAGCCCUCUCUGCUCCGCUCGCCACUAUGGCCGUUGCUCUCACAGCAGCAAAUAUCGGUGUGUUGCCAUUUCAAUCGCCCAUCUACUCUAUGAUCAACAAGAACUUGGUACCACUGGCAGUUCCAUUGCUGCUCUUUGACUCUGAUCUUAAACGGGUAAUCAACGAUACUGGGACACUUUUGGCCGCAUUUGGGGUUGGUGCAUUUGCUACCAUCGUGGGCACGAUAGUCGCAUUUCCAAUCGUCCCAUUGAAGUCGCUUGGUGACAAUGGAUGGAGAGUUGCGUGCGCACUGGCAGCAAGACAUAUCGGAGGCGCAAUCAACUUUGUUGCAGUGGCAGAAACUCUUAAGGUUAGUGGAUCAGCAGUGUCAGCAGCGAUUGCCGCAGAUAAUGUAGUCGUAGCUCUUUACUUCGCAUUCCUGUUUACAAUUUCAAAAGCUGGGAUGGACGAUGAAUCCAGUGACAGUGAUGAAGUUGAAAUAGAUACAGCACAAAUAUCUGAAGUUGCAAUUGAAGAUACCAAAAACUCGUCCAUCUCGCUGCCAUCGCUUCUGACAUCAAUAUCAGUUGCUGCAACCCUGGUUUCUUGCGGACAAAUUGCAACAAGAGCAAUGUUACCAGCUGGAACAUCUUCCCUCCCGCUCAUUUCCGUUCUGACUGUGGUCGCAGCCACUGUAUUUCCAAAGUUCUUCUCCCGGUUGAGUGAGACUGGCACCUCUCUAGGCGUGGCAUUCAUUCAAAUGUUCUUUGCCGCCUCAGGUGCAGCUGGAUCCAUCAGGAUGGUGAUGGAACAAGCACCUUCAUUGUUCGCUUUUUCGGCACUUCAAAUUGGUGUGCAUUUCGGGACCCUAAUGGUUAUUGGAAAAGGUAUCUUCCGACUACCAAACCGAGAGCUUUACCUAGCGUCCAAUGCCAAUGUUGGUGGGCCAACCACUGCUGCAGCCAUGGCACAAGCAAAGGAAUGGAAAAGACUUGUAAUGCCAGCUCUGCUCAUUGGCAUACUUGGCUACGCUACAGCCACAGCUAUUGCCUUGAGCCUGGGGCCCAUUCUGUUGCGUCUGCCACUACUCCGCUAG